AAAAAAAAGAAAAAGAAAAAACACCCCCGACAUCCAGCUCUCGCAAGAUCUAAUUUAGUAGCCCUCUGUCGUCGACCCUAACGUAUCCGCAAAGUGCACUGAAUUCUUCAAUUGAGGGGGGGUCUUUGGGGCACACACCACACUACACGAGUCAAAGCCCAAUGAGAAACACAGGCCGUACCUAUUGUCUCAUCAAUCCAGUCUACCUCGGUCUCAUCCAUCUUCUCACUCAUACUUCUUUCUCAUUGAGAGACACUCGUGCAGGACUCAACCAACCGAGCCUCGGGCUGUAGAAAGCUCUCGAAUUGCUGAAGAAAAAAACCGUCUUCAACGGGAUGGGCUGAGCUAUUUGCGGGUCUCCGAAACAUCCCCGAGGUCGGAGGGGCACCACUGACGGAGCUGGUGCCCCGCGGCCGAUUUUUAGUGUUUGACUCAUUUCUUCCAGCUGAGUGUGUGUUUGUGUGUGUGAGAGAGAGAGGUUGAGAUUUUGAGUGUGAAAAAGGAGUCACAAAACAUCCCUCACUACGAUCAUCAGCAACGCUCUUCAACCCCCCCACCCUCUUCCCCCCCUCAAACAAAAGACAUUCAACAUGGCUCCCGCCGCUCACGAUCACAUCCUGACGCUCUCGUGCCCGGACAAGUCCGGCAUCGUGCACGCCGUGACGGGGGUGUUUGCGGCGCAGAAGCUCAACAUCCUGGACCUCCAGCAGUUCUCGGACCCCGUCUCGGAAAAGUUCUUCAUGCGCGUGCACUUUGGGCCGACCGAGUCCGAGUCGACGGAGCACCUCACGGCCCCGUUCGACGCCCUCGCCGCCGAGCUCCAGCUGGACUGGUACCGCAUCCGGCCCGUCGCCCGCAAGCUGCGCACCCUCAUCAUGGUCUCCAAGAUCGGCCACUGUCUCAACGACCUGCUCUUCCGCGCCAAGUCGGGCCAGCUGCCCAUCGACAUCCCCCUCAUCGUCUCCAACCAUACCGAGUACGAGGGCCUCGCCGGCAACUACGGCAUCGAGUUCCACCACCUGCCCGUCACCCGGGACACCAAGGCCCAGCAGGAGGAGGAGAUCCUGCGCCUCGUCAAGGAGAACGACAUCGAGCUCAUCGUCCUGGCCCGCUACAUGCAGGUCCUCUCCCCUAAGCUGUGCGAGGCCAUGUCCGGCAAGAUCAUCAACAUCCACCACUCCUUCCUGCCCUCCUUCAAGGGCGCCAAGCCCUAUCACCAGGCCUAUGAGCGCGGCGUCAAGAUCAUCGGCGCCACCGCCCACUUCGUCACCGCCGACCUGGACGAGGGCCCCAUCAUCGAGCAGCGCAUCUCGAGGGUCGACCACGGCAUGAGCCCCAAGGACCUCGUCGAGGAGGGCUCCAACAUCGAGAGCCAGGUCCUGGCCGCCGCCGUGAAGUGGACCGCCGAGGGGCGUGUUUUCCUCAACAAGACCAAGACGGUCGUUUUCAACUAGACUCAUCAUCGUUCGCGGGCGGCAUUGUAAUGAAAAAUAAAAAGUUGGUCUGCUUCUCUCUCUCUCACUCACUGGUCGUCUCUGCGAACAUGCCGCCUACAUUGAAAUGCCUUCUCAUGUAAUCACGUCCUGUCCCCGGACACGUUGUUUCUUCUCACCUCGUAACUCAUCCGCCCUUUCAUCCCGCUGGGAGCAUCUUUCAUCAACGGUGUGGAGGGCGACGGAAUGCGCCCGUGGGCUGCUCAACUCGGCCAUAAUCUGAACAUCAGGCUUCAUCGGUCGAUUCUCGGAUUGAAUCUCAAAGAGGAGUUACGGUAUCUUCACAUUACCGCUCAUGCAUCCUCCACUUAUCUUCCUAGAUGACCUGCCAUCGUCCAUCGCGUUUAAAGCAAGCCAGGGGCGUAAUGGUCCCCCUUCAUCAGUUCAAGUUGUCCCGUGGAGUCGGCUGGCCGUGUCGUAGACAUAUGCUGCAGUGUCAGGAGAAAGAGAUCGAACGCUUGUACAGAACUUUGCUGAACCCCUUCUCCUAGGGCUGCUCAGUCUGAGCCAAGCUUAUCUCAUUUAUUCUCGGGCUUGGGGACUCGAGUUGGAUAUGCAUAUCGGAACGAGCAGCCGCGUUGGUUGGACGAGGCUGUUUGUGAGGCCUUGUCAAUGAAAUUGUCCGACGCUAUUCUGUUUGUUUGUUUGUGGGCAUGAAAAUGAGGCCCCGGGCUAUUGGGAUACUUGUCGUUCACAAACACAACGUUAACCACAAAAUAUUUUGCUCUCGAGACCGCUAUAGCGCACCUAACCAGUCUGAUAGCCCGCAACGAACACUACAACGGACAUGAGUCGAUACAUAUUGCUCUUGAAGACCUGGAUCCCAAAGGCUAAGAAAGCGAUUCUCAAAUCCGAGUUGUCUUUUGGUCUCGCCUGCGAGGAUAGAGUUCAAUUACAAGAGUACGAGAUGACCAGCGC